CAUGUCACCUGUUUUAACUUGUUGUCUUAGACAAUGGAAGACGUGAUAAAAAAAAUGUAUAUUUUCCACUAAAGAAAGUUCGAAUGUCGUCGGCAGCACUUUUCUUGAAAUUUUAAAGCAGACUUGAGAAGACUGAAAAUCAAUCAAAAGUUCUUUCCAGCAACUAAAGAAAUCCCUAACUUUCGUCAAGAAAUGUGUCAUACGAAGGAUGUUGGAAAAUUCUUCCUCUAUGGCAGGUGAAUAUGUCAGUUUCCAAGAUGAUGAAUGCUUCGUCUGUGUAUAAAUAGCUUCGUUCUUAUUACCUUUUCGAACCCAAAAUGAUUUCUAGAGUGAAUUCUUAAGGGAGAAUUAAAAGUCAAUUUACGUUGAAUUGCAACCUCAUGAGAUGGGCAAGUUUUGUGAUCGUUAGAGUUUCAUCUUAAACUUCAGAAACAGUUGAAGCAAGAAGGUUAAGGGGAAGAAAAUGUGUAUUAGUACAGUUGCUAAAAAAAUAUUCUUUAAGGAUUCAAAGCUAAAAUUUCUGCUAUAAAUACGUUUGCAUAUAAUCAUGUAAUAUUAUUAUACAUUAUUAAAUAAAAUUUUUCUGUAUGUUUAAUCGGAGCUAAAGAAACAAUUUCAAAAAACAUUCAACGCAAAAAGGCGGGUUUGUUUUGAAAGAAUCUCUCUGAACCGAUUCGUUCAAAAAUGUUUCUUCUGAAAAGGAAGUAACUAAAACAUAGAAUACAAGUAUCUGUGCACUUAUUGGUUCCUUCGUACGCUUACCGUUCUGAUUAAUUGAGUUGUACAGAAGACAAAUCAAAAUCAAUCGUUACCAUGUACCGAACUUAUAAAAAAGCGAAAAAGAAAGGCGCUUGACGCUACUGUGACGUCAUUCGGCUAGAGAAUGAAUUCCUUGCCAAUAAAUUUUAACGCAAGCACUACGGCGAUGACGUAUGUGUCGAGCUCCACUCCUAUUGGGCCAUUAGGGAGGUACAAUAAAUCCAUAUUUCCCGCAGGAAAACUUCCACCGGCGAGACCCACAGUUUCUCUGGACCCACGGCCCAUUGUCAUUCCUAUUUUGUCUUGCGUGAUUUGUUUUCCAGUUCUAGCUUUUGCAGUUAUAUGCGCACUUCGAUACAGAGCCCAGAGGCUAAGACGCAGAGAUCAUCUAAAGAGAGUUCAGUCGGGAUGCCGCUCCGUUACAUUGGAAAUCCCUGCACGGGAAAAAUCUUCCUUCUACUCCAAGGACUCAUCCUCUGAUCCCAGUUUGAAAGGCAUGGGGGAGGUUUCACAGGCGAUACCGGACAGUCCGCCUUUGCUGUCGGCUCCUUCCACGUCCGGCAUUUCGAGCAGACGUAGCUCCAGGGCCAGCCAGCAUGUCAAGUUCAUGACAACCACUGCAGUACUACACGGUCGGACAAUCACUGGUCUUAACGGCCGUUUUAAAUCAACGGGAAAAUCCCAGAAAAUAUUCUGGGAUGAACACUCCUCUCACGUAGAAUGUGCGGCAGAACUGGAAAGGGAAUUAAGCUUUACUCUCAACAGCUAGCCCAUGGAGAAAUUAGGCGCUAUAACUAAAAGAAAAUCCAUUGACAAAAGAGUCUGACGCAGCUAAGAAAAAGACUGUUUAAAUGAGAGAAUAAGAUGAUCGUAGAAUCUGAGUGAUUAAUAAUCUUUCCACUUUUCUAAUCUGAACGUUUCAAUCUACUUCAUUUUGCAAGAUUUACAAGUUUGGGAAGAUAACGCUUAUUUAUUAAAAAUGAGCCGUACACUUAAUAAUCACUCAUUAAGCUACUUUUCACUAUCUUAUAAAUUAUGAAAUUAAUUAUUUUAUCACAAAUCAGUGCCACAGCUAAAUAAAAUUGAACACAAGCUCACAAUAUGCAUGAAAUUUAAUUACUCAGGUGAAUAAAACCAACACCUAAUUUCGAUUUCAACAGUAUUUGAUAAAAUUUUACCUGGAGCUAAAGUAUUCUAAGGUUGUUAACCUGUUGAAUAUUAUUUUUAAAUAUUCGUUAGGAUAAACUUUAUUUUGGUUUUUAUAUGGCUGAAUAUUACAUGAAUGAUUGGUUUUCAAAAAACUAUAUUAUGAGCUAUAAAUUAUUCUUAAAUUUAGACCUAAUGUCACUGAUUUUAAUACAAUCUUUCACUCAUUGUGCUCUUUGAAACAGAGCUACUGUAAAAUACAGUUUGCUGUUAGUUGUGUCAUAAGAAAAGCUAUAAAAUUACAGAAUAAUUCUUUCGUUAUUCAUGUUUGUUCAGGCUUAAAUAAGUAUUCUUCAUUAUUCGAAAAUGAUAUAUCAUACUCUUUAUCAAGAUAAAAGUCAACCAAAACCGAAGUAAAGAAUAACAAAUAUGCACAUAAAUAUUCCAUGCGUUUAUAAAUUUCUUUACCUUAAAAUUUACAUCUUAAAGACAUCUUACCCUUCCUUUAAAUUUCUGACUCAUGUUAAUAGGAACGUGUUUGGUGAUCUCUUGUUUGGAAGCUAUUACAGACUUUAUUUUAAAAGGCUGAAUAAAAAGAGAUCAUAUUAUAUCUAGUUUUAUUAAUUUGUAAUGGAUGGUAAACUAUACAUCAACUAAUUAGAAGUUGCUUGUAAUAUCAACUAAAACACCUGAUGGAAAAUGCUGAGAGGCAGAUUAUUGCAUUGCUUAAUUUAAGCAAAUAAUAAAUACUAUUUUAUGAAACUUUGGUACACGUAACUAUGAUGUAUCAUUAUGGAUACAGUGUUUAUGAAUACUUUUAUAAAUAAUAUGUAUGCACAUGUGUUGAAAUAUUGCGAAUCUGUAAAUAUAAAGCAUAUAAUUUUGUAAGUUAUUGCAUUUUGGUGCUUUGAUGAAACAUGAAUAUGUUUUAAGGCAAUUUGGGAAACGAAGAGAAGAAAGGAAAAAAGUAAUGGUAGGGUGAGAAGGCAAAAGCACUUUUCUUAAAACUGACACUUUUUUAUUAACCUCUAAAUAAAUUUAAUAUUUCUAAAUAUCUCUUUAUGUGAGUAUUUAGUUAUUUCAUUUUUAAUUGUUGAUGAACUGGUAUGGUUGACAUUAAUUCAACAAAUUAGUUAAAACUUAAUAGCACAAACAUGUGUAACAAGUUUCCUGACAGGCUAAAGUAUACUCACAAUUUUGUCUAUCACUGUGCACAUUACUGGCUAGAGACUUAAUAAUAUUUAAUAAGCUAAGCAUUGAACAAUAAUUAAUUUCCAUAAAGGAUUGAGGAUUUCUUAGACAUCAUGCAAUUUUUCGCCUCAUUAAUAUAUGUAAUAAAUUUAGUCAGAUUUACAUAUAAUUGCUAUUUACUUGUACUAAGCAUCCAUUUAAUUUCUGGAUGAUGUUGUUAUCACAAUAGCAAAGCUGCUAUCUCUUGGCAGAAGGCAACAUGGUAAAAUUCGUUACUAUUCAGGCAAAUCAAGGCGAAUAUGGUAAACGGAAUGGAUUUUAAUUGCUUAUUUUCGCAAAAUUAUUCAAGCUCCAAAUAUCCGGAUUGCCCCAUUUUGAUUUUUGGAUAAUUAAUAGAUACCUUUGCUUUUAAUUUAUGCAAGUAGUUUUAACCUGGAAUUAAGUAAAAUUCCACAAAAAGGUUGUAAGAUUCCUCACAGUGUAAUGCUGAGUUACUGUUGAACGUGCAGAAUCUUAAGAACUGAUAAGCGGAUAAUCGCUUGAGUUCCAGGAAACAACAAGAUAGAAAAAGAUAGAAGGGUAAAAUAGCCAUCUAUUAUUCCAACUAAGUUUAACAACUCCGUCUUGGUGUACAAAAAGCCGACC